AUGAUGGCUGGUCCAGAUGAGAUGUCAGAUGUCCAACCCACUGGUGUCAAACGGCCCUUGCUCGAUGUUGAAAGUCUACAGCGGAAGAAGUUCAAGACGGAAGAGCUGCCAUUGACCGCGGCGCAACACACUGCGAUUGAGGACCUACUGCAUGCUUUUAAGAAGAAAGGAGGUUUUGAUAACGUGCGCAAGAAAAUCUGGGCUGAAUUUCAUGACGGAGAAGCAAGAGCCGAGUUUACGAAGCUAUUGAUUGAAUUAGCAGAAUCGGAAAUAGAACGCGAACCGGAGCUACUAUCCCGUGAACGAGGAAAAGCCGCGACCCUGAUAGAGGGUGCAGUCGAUCGGAGCGACGUCUACAAGAAAGCCGAAAAGCUUAUUGAUGCGCUGGCCUCAAAUCACCUGGAGUUCAUCUUAAAUUCUGUCAGGGACAUUCGCCGUCAGCAAGUCGGAGACGAGCUCGCUGCGAAAGAGGAGCAAGCCGGCAAUAAAACAGAUGAGGAUUUCGCUGCGGAGAUAAGAGCUAAACGUGAGAUACGCGAACGAGAAUGGCAGGAGACGGUGCGCAAACAGAGAGAACUUGAAGAGCAAGAAGCUCGUCGAAAGGCCGAAGAGGAACGCAAGAAGCGCGAGGUCGAACGCCAAAAGGAGGAGGAAGAAAGGGCAAGACGGAAAGAGCGCGAGGAGCAGCGACGUGCAGAGCGUGAGCGUCAGCGGGACGAGGAACGGCGACUUGAAGAGCAACGAGAAAAGGAACGUCAGGAAAGAUAUGAGCGCCGGAGACGGGAAGAGCGCGAAAGAUACCGUGACUGGGAUCGAUCUAGGGACCGUGAUCGCAGUCGAACCAGGGACAAAGAUAGGGACAGAGACAGGGAUCGAGAGCGCGACCGUGACCGCGCUCGCUCAAUAGGCUACCGAUCACCGCGAUAUCGCGAUUCGAGGAGAGAAAAGUCCGCUACUCCGAAGGAGCCAACGCAGGCGCCUCCGCCGCCUCCACCGCCUCCUGUUGCCGUGGAUGAUAAGUCGCUGGAAGAGGCCGCUCUCCAACUGCUGCUUAAAGAAGGCGAGGAACUUGCCGCUAAGGCGCGCCAGAAACCGGAAUUUGAUUUUGAAGAAGCUGAGGCUAUCGAGAACGGCCUCAAGCCCCCGCCGACUAAACCAAAAGGCGCAACAGAAUCGAGGUAUUCCAUUACUCCAUUGAAGUCCGCAAACGUGACGGCAGCCGGGAGCGCAGCCGCUCACGGAGAAGAUACACGCCUCGCUUUGAUGAUGAUCGUCGACGGGAACGAUCCCGUGAUGCUUCUAGUCGCCCGCGUGAUCGUAACCCUGAUGAUAGAGUUGCCAUACGGGAUUUCAGAGCUAACCGAUAUGGCGACCGUAGCUACCGCCCUAACCGCAGAAGUAGGAGCAGGUCAACUGGUCGUGGUUAUGACCGGGACAGGGACCGCAGCAGGGGUCGAGAUCGCAGUGCUGAACGCGAGAAAGAUCGAGCUCGAGAUCGCUCGCGCCCAACGGAUGAACGGGAACGAGAUCGUGAUCUUCGCACUCGUGAUCGCAGCAGAGAUCGAGAUCGGGAGAGAGACAGGGAUAGAGAGCGUGACAGGGACAGGGACCGGGACCGGGACCGGGACCGAGAUCGGGAUCAUCGACGUCGCAGUUACUAUUCUCGGUCUCGUUCACGACCUCGACGCGGACGAUCGCGCUCUGCCUCCCGCGCUAGAGAUCGAAACCAAGAUCGGACUCGAGACCGAGAUAGAGAGCGAAAUCGUGAUCAAGAACAGCAACGAGAUGGAGACAAAGAACAAGACCGAGGCCAGGUCCGAGAAGGAGACCGUAACGGUGACCGGGGAAGAUCCAAGUCCCGCGUUCCGAAUCCCUCUCGAAAGCCAUCUCGCUCACGACGGCGUUCCCCCAGCACUCUUGACAUCGACCGCUAUGUGCCCCCAACGAGCCAUCGGAGCAGAUCCCCUCGAAGGCGGGUCCGAUCUCCAGAUCGCCCAGAGCGAGAUGAUCGUCGAGGGUUCGUGGAGAUUGAUCGGUACAUACCCGGCAGCGAGCGAGAACGUGAAAAGGCUCGAGACGGAGAGAAAGACAAAGAUAAAUCUAAAGAAAAGGAAAAUGAAGAAAGGAAAGAUAAAGGCGCGGAGCUUCCUGAUCGCGGAGCGGAUGACCGCGGGGUACGGAAACUUAGCACCGUUCAAAGGAGAAGCAGGAGUCGUUAGAUACUCAUCCCUUUCCGUCCAGCGUGAUGAUCUAUCGAGAGCAUCUCCUCUGUAUUUCAUCCUAUAUCAUGUAUACUACGCUACCUUCUGGUCCUCUAUUGAUUAA